CAGACGGCAGCAAUGUGCAAGAGAAAGCGCCACUUCUAAUAGCUGUAUAAAUGAGACUUUCUUGUGUACUAUUUUAAAUUUACCCAUAUAAUAGACAUUUCUCAUAAAUGCCUAUGAAGAUAAUCUGUUAUAAAUAUUGAGUUGUCUAUAUAAUGUUAACAAUGAUCUGUAACCGGAAUCAAAAGAACAGUCGCAUGCUGCAUGAGCAGCCAUGAUGGUAUCAUGGCCGACGUGGCGGUUCUUGAUAUUAGGAAAGUACAAAACAAAUUAUUGGAAUGGGAACAACCAGAUAGGCCUUUAGCUCCUUUAAGCACAUCACAGAGAGAUGCUGUUUUAGAUCUAUCACAGGAAGUUAAUAUAAGGACAAUUCCGCAUGACUUACCCUUUGGUGAUGAUGACGAAGUAACAUUUAAUAAAGAUAAUGAAAUUACCUGUCAUGAUCUAGCACAAAGCUUUGUCAAUUUAGAACUUGGCCGAGUUAAAAUUGAAACCACCCAACAGUUCUUGUCUUGGUAUUCCCAUGUCGAAGAAGAACUUCUGCAAGCAGAAGAUGUUCGGUUCACGGACUAUUGGCAUCAGCUGGCUGAGCAAAGAGAUGAAUGUGCAGUUCUCUUGUCACAAAUUGAAUCCGCCCUGAAAGAUCUUAGCUGCCUUAUGGAACAAUACCAAGUUGUGUCUAACAGGACAAACUCCUUGCAUCAAGUUAGCGAACAGCUAUUGGCGGAUCAGACAAAGUUGCAUAAUACAUGUGAGGAAGUUGGGCAGAGACUUCAGAACUUCAUGACUCUGGACUCUCUCAACAAUCGUCUAGCUUCCCCUACCCUCUGUGUCUCCAGUGAGGCCUUUGUUGACAUACUUGACCGUUUGGACCAGUGCAUGGAGUACAUAGGAGCCCAUAGCAAGUGGAGAGAAUCAAGUUCAUAUCUUACCCGGUUCCGCCACUGCCUUUCCCGUAUUGUGGCCAUGAUACGUGGCCAUGUAGUAGAUGUGCUAGAGCAUGCAACACAGCAAGUUCUGGCACCAGCGACACAUGUACCCAUGGCUGCUAUGCAUAGUACAGGCUUUGCUCUGUGUUAUGGAAAAUUCCAGGCCUCAGCUGCACGUGUGAAGCCACUUCUUACACAAGUUGAAUCUAGAGUCACCCACAGUCCAGAGUACCAGCAGCUGCUGACAGAAUGUCACCAGUGCUACUUCACACAGAGGGAGCUUCUCUUGAGUUCCAGUGUGGCAACAUCAAUAACAGAGUUAUCGGUCACACACAAGGGUGACCACUGUUCCCUAGUGCGCAGCAGCUGUGCGUGUCUAGUUCAUGUGUGCCAGGAUGAGUACCAACUGUUUUACCAGUUCUUUAGCCAGCCCACUCCUUUGCUCACGUCUUACCUUGAGGGCCUCUGUACAGUAUUGUACGAUGUUCUAAGACCAUUCAUUAUUCAUAUAAAUCAUCUGGAAACGCUAGCUGAAGUGUGCAGCAUACUGCGGCUUGAAAUGCUUGAGGAACAUGUUCAGAACAAUCCUGGUCCACUGGAGGCAUUUGGCCAGGUAGCAUGGCAACUUCUGCAGGAUGUUCAAGAGCGACUUGUGUUUCGUGCGCAUUGUUAUCUGCAGUCAGAUAUUCUGCAUUAUAAACCUGCCGCUGGUGAUCUUGCAUACCCUGAGAAGCUGGAAAUGAUGGAGAGCAUUGCCCAGUCCCUACAGGAGCAAGCUGCCUUGUCAUUGCGUCACUCAGAAUCAAGAUCAUCUCUUGCUUCCAUUGGAUCUGCCACAUCCCAAGAAGUGGCACGUAUCAACAGUGACAGUGGUGUAACUUUUGAACAGCCUCGUUCACGAACAGGAAAUUCACCUGCAGACUUGCAUGGAAUGUGGUAUCCCACAGUCCGGCGUACACUGGUCUGCCUUUCGCGCCUGUACCGCUGUGUGGACAGGCCAAUUUUCCAAGGGCUUUCACAAGAGGCACUGACAAUGUGCAUCCAGAGUGUGGCUUCUGCUGCUCAAGCUAUCUGCACUAAGAAGAGUCCAAUUGAUGGGGAACUAUUCCAGAUAAAACACCUGUUGAUUCUGAGGGAACAGAUAGCUCCAUUCCAGGUAGAUUUUACCAUCAAGGAGAUGAGCCUGGACUUCAGCAAAGUGAAGACUGCAGCAUUCAGCCUUCUUCAUAAACGCAAACAGCUGUUCUCUCUAGGCACAAAUAAUGCUCUGUUAGAAUUUCUUCUGGAAGGAACACCUACUGUACGAGAACAGUUGGUAGACUCCAGGAAGGAAGUGGACAAACAGCUGAAAGCUUCAUGUGAGGCAUUCAUACAUCACACCACCAAGUGUCUAGUAGGACCCCUGCUAACAUUCCUUGAUAAAAGUGAGGUGUUUGUCAGCAUGCAAACUGAGGUAGCAGGGAAUGCAACUUUGGCUCAGCAGCCUUUUGCCCAUGCGGAUGUGAUUGGACAUGUUGUGCAGGAGACGCAGCGCCUCAUCAAAAGCCAACUACCAACCAUUCAUCGCAGCAUGCAGCUGUAUCUGGCUAACAGAGAAACAGAAUUUAUACUUUUUCGUCCUAUAAAGAACAAUGUUGUGGCAAGCUUUGUCCAGCUCCAGCAGGUCCUUUCAGGGGGUCGCUAUACAUCAGAUGACCUCCUUCUGGCAGGUUGCCCAUCACCUGAACAGGUCACUGUUCUCUUGUCAUCAGCAUCACUGCUGAGUUCAAAUCAAGAAGCCCUGCCCAAAGUUUCCAACACCACAACUACAGUCAUAGAAGAAGAGCUGCAUACAUAACAGUGUGUCUAGUUGUUGAACACCAUGUACUUGUACUACUGAAUUCUAGGAACAGCAGGGAUUAUACGGACUGGCAUAUAAUAAUAGAAGGUACAAUUCUUAUUAUAAAUACAUAGAUUUCUAUAACCCCUUAACUGUUUCUGUUCUGAAAGCUGUACUUUCCUCCUGUUUCUCCGCAUAAUUAGCUUGGGUCUUUAAAUCCUUUAUGCACUAUGAUAGAAAAAAUCAUGUACAACUUAUUUUAAUGAAACUAAAAUAAUGUGCUUGAUAUA